CAACAACAUUAUCUCCGUUCACUCUGCUCAUCAGUUCAAAAUUAGGGAUUUUGUUCGAGUGGGUUUUUUCUGUCACUUCUUCUUAAUCUAGGGCUAAAUCCUGAUUGCGAUUUGACUUGAUCUGAUUUGAUUUGUAAUUUAGGGCUAAAUCUUGAUUGUAGUUAUGGGUAAGAGAAGGAUUGAGAUCAAGAAGAUUGAAGAUAGAAAGAAGAGAAACGUAGCAUUCACUAAGAGACGCCAUGGCCUGUUCAAGAAAGCAGCUGAUCUAUGUCAACUUACUGGUGCUGAUAUUUCACUGUUAGUAAUCUCACCUGGUGGUAACCCCUACAGUUUUUCUUCUUCUUCUAUUUCUUUGAAUGAUCUACAUUAUAGGUUAAGCAAUGCCAUUAAUGUUAAAGAAGAAAAAGUUGCUGAUGAUGAGACAACUAGGGUUACUGAUGAUGGGUUUUGGUGGAAUAACCUAAACCCAGAAGAAAUUGAUAGUAUUGAAAAGUUAACGGCUGUAAGAAAUCAAUUACUUGAUGUGAAAGAGAAGGUUGCACAGAGAAAGCAAGAGUUGCUAGCAGCAGCAGCAAAACCAAUUGAUAUUGCUACCUCUACUUCUACAACUACUACUUGUACUGUUGUAGAGAAGAUGAAGGAGGAUUCUUCUCUGUUGGAGGAUGAUUUGGGAAUGUUAUUAUCAGAUUGCUAUGACGAUGCUCAGAAUUGGUUGCCCUCUAUUGAAAGUUUACAUAAUUUUGAGAGUUGGUUGUUGAACUGAAUUUUUGAAGGUUUUAGAUGGAAUUUACAAUUAUUGAACAGAUUCAUUGAUUAUUUAGCUGUUUUUGUUUAUACUUAUUGUUAUUAGUAAG